AUGACUAUGCAACUGGACCCCGACCGGUGGCCCAAGGGCCACUACUCCCCGAACCUCUGGGGGACACUGCAGCCAGGAGAGCAACUGCCAACUUCCCUGCAACGGCGCUUUGUCCGCACGGCGAGCCUCCUAAACGUGGCGCCCCGAGACAAGUUGGUCCUGUGCCUUCCCGGUGUGCGCUGGGUCUCAUUCCCCCGGUGA